AUGUCGUGGAUGCAACAACGCGAAGCGAUACGACGUGCAGCCGACGCUGGGGCCAGACCACGGAUCUCAGCGCAAGGCUCGCAGCUACUGCCUCUCAGGGACCACCGCCUGCAGUCCGUGCUCCUCUCGCGCCCGAAUGGCCAGCUCACCCGCGCGGGCCAGUUCUUCUUCGGCCUCACUGGCCGGCGGCCCCCGAACCGCCAGUUCGACGAGGCCCAGCCGCUCAUCCGAGACGGUGCCUCCGACUACAUCCUCAUGAGAGGGGGGACGCGGAAGCUCGUGCGCACCCUGCAGCCCAACGGCCAGUACCAUGUCACCAAACUAGGAAAAGCUUUCUUCAAGGAUAAGUACACGGAGUGGCUUGCGCAUGUGCCCGUGAUCAUCCGGGGCCGCCGGCGGAACGGCAACCCCUACGAGCGCCAUGACUACCUGCCCGUCACCACGCUGGAGCUGGGCCUGUCCCGGCAGAACGACGCCUGGAGCGAGGCGCAGGUCGCCCGCAACGUGAAGGAAGCGGUGCUCCGGCAGCUGGGGCAGCCUGGGGAGGGCGAACCCAUCUACAUGAUCAGUGGGGAAGUGUACUUCCUCCACCCUACCAACGAGUGGGCCUACAGCUCCUCCUCCAUGCAGGUCAUCGACAAUCGGGUCGACACGCAGAUCCGCCUGCGCCAGCCCCUGGGGGCGCUGCGAGAGGUCAGCUACCAGCUCUUCGCUGGAGACCAGAUCCUCGCCAGUGCCUUCGAGGAGCGCCGGGACAUGCUCUGCGUGCCCCGGCAGCUGGCGGAGCUGCUGAAGCUUCCGCUGCAAGAGGUCCUGGAAGACUUUAACUCCAUCUGCCCCGGGAACUGGCAGCAGCGGGGAGUGUCCCCCGCAGAGAUCCGCACCUUCUGCGUGUGGCGCAAUGCGCCCAUGUUCUACGUGGACUGCCGGGGCCGGCUGCUGGACAGCUUCCAGCCCACGGAGAAGGAGGAGCGGGCCGUCGCUUUCACCAGCUGGAACGGCCACGCCUUCUUCUACCGGAGCGCUCGGGCCGUGGCCAGCUGCGACGAGUCGGAGCAGCGGCCGCGCUACCGCCGGCUGAGGCGGGAUACUCCGGUGCCCGAGUUCAAGGACUGGCAGCCCUGGGAUGGAGAGAUCGCCUCCGGCUACUUUUGGACCGAAGACAUUCGCGGGGUGCGCGCGGACUUGCUGGCCCAGGGGCACCACCCGAAGGUCUCCACGCGGGGCCUGUGCGAGUGGUCGGCGCUGCGCCUGCGAGUGCGCGGCGGAGCGGACUGCGUGAUUCGGGAGCUCUGCGAGGAUGCGGCGGUGCUGCAGCAGUGGACGGAGCGCCUGGGCGUGCCCUAUCGCGGGCAGCGCCUGGCCGGGGCCAGCUUGGAGGUCUUCCUGCACCUGCUGCAGGGCAGGCGCGAGGACACGCGGAGCCGCCGGGAGGAGCUGCUGGCCCAACAGCAGGGCAUGUGCAAGCUGUGCGGAGCGCCCAUCGCUCUGGGCACCUUCGAGAUCGAUCACGUCAUCCCGGUCUCCCAGUCCUUCGCCGGACAGCAGCUGGAGCUGCAGGCCCUGUGCUUGGAGUGCCAUCGGACCAAGACCAGCCUGGAGGGCAACCACAGCACCACCCUCGAGAGCCGGUUUUGUCGGUUUGUGUACCAGCACUAUGCGGCCUCGCCUCGGCUGCCCCCCUUGGUCUUCCAGCUGCAGAAGGCAUCGACGUGCGCCGCUGCCCGCUUCCCGCUGCCCGUCUUUUCCCCGCUGGACUGCAUCGACCCCGCGGAGGAGGGCAAGCUCGCAGACCUGACCUGGGUCGAGCUGCCCUGCGACCGCCGCAAGGGCGUGCUGGACCACCUGCCCUAUGUGGGGAGAGGGUGGUACCCCAAGCCUGCGUGCGCCUACAUGCUGGAGGCGGGGCUGGCCAAGUGGAGCCACUUCAAGUGGAGCCUGGACGCCACCGCGCACGUCGACCAGCGAUGCCUGGAGCAGGUCCUGGAGCGCAUGGAGCAGAACUGGCCGGAGGGGGAAGAGCACUACGCCAAGCUGGCCAUCAACAGCCUCGUGGGGCUUUUUGCUCGAAAUCUAGAAUUGGUUUAUUCUAUGAAGACUUCAAACCACGAGGUAGAUGGGGAGGGCUGCAGCUGGCGCCAGACCUUCACGGAUUCCGCCGGCAGAAGGCACUGGGAUCACAUCUUUGUCACCGAGCUGCUCUCCAACAGCAGCUACCGACCAAUUCAUGACUACAUCAUGGGAGCCGAGUACGUGGCGGUGGCCCGGAUUCGGCAGGCCUUGGCGGAGGUGCCGAAGCGCUACCUGAAGAGCAUCAAGACCGAUUGCCUGGUGAUGCAGGACGUCCCGAAGAAGCACCGGCCCGCCGUCGAGCGGCUGCUGCAGAUGUCGCGCCGGGACGGCACCCCCGUCUACAGGUACGAGGAGGUGGCCGGUUUGAAGGGCCAGUACCGCGAGCCCAGCAUGGAAGCGGAGCCCAUCCGAGCGAAGCCGCCGUGGCGCGGAGUGGAGGACCCCGUGGAGCACUGCCUGGACGGCGAGAGCCUGCUGCUGACGGGCUUUCCGGGAACGGGGAAGACCCACCUGGCCAAGAAGAUUGUCGAAGCCCUUCGGGAGCACGGGGACACGGUGCACAUCAUCACCAAAACGCACGCGGCCGUGCAAAAUGUCGGCUUGGGGGCUCAGACGGCGGACCACUGGGCGCGGCGAAACGUGCGUGACGGGCACUGCAGCGCCACGUGGCUGGUCAUCGAAGAGCUGACGCAGUUAGAUACUCCUCUGUGGGCUGACAUAGCUUGUUUGAGCCUGAACAAGAAGAUUCGCUUUCUGCUCUUGGGAGACUUUCGGCAGCUGCCCGCCGUGCUCGAUUCCUUCGCGGGCGCCGAGGUCUGCAAGGAGCUGAAGGACAGCCAGCUGCUGCACGACCUGGCGGGCGGCUGGUGCCACGAGCUCUCGGAGCGCUGGCGCUUCGACGAGCGCAUCUUCGAGUUCCUGACCUGGUUGCGAGUCGACGAGCCCGAGCAGGUCCGGCUGCUUGAGGCAGUGCGGGAGGCCCGGCGGCGUUUCCCGAGGCGGGGGGAGCCCGACGUGAGCCUGGUCAUCUCCCAUGCGAAGCGGCUCCAGAUCAACGAGCGAGAAAACCGCAGGCUGGCGCCCGCCGAUGCCCUGCUGGUGCAGUACGAGGCCCGCGGCGCGGUGCCGACGAAUGCGCCGCAGACCAUGAGGGUCUGGCCAGGGCUGCGGCUCAUCGGGGUCGGUGGGAAGGUGCAGAAGGGAACCUUCCUGACCGUGGAGGCGGUGGAGGGCGACGUCGUGCGCGUGGAGAGCGGCCAAUGCUUCGCGGGCCCGGAGCUGCUGAAGCACACCAGGCUUUGCAGCGCCAUCACCUACGCUUCGGUUCAAGGGCUGACCCUGAGAGGGAGAGUGUGGCUCUAUGAUGUAGAGAGUCCACACUUCACACUCAAGCACCUCUACAUGGGCUGCUCUCGGGCCACCAACUCGGAGCUUUUGAGCGUCUUGUGA